UUCAAAUACUAUUGAUAAAAAUAUGUUACAUUAUUUUGGGAUAUUAAUGUAAACGGUCAUAGUAACUGUGAAAUAUGAACACCAAACACACAAUUAAACUUAGGAUUUUCCUUCUAAGGACCCCUUAGCACUAUUGGGCAAAUUUUUAAUCAUUGUUAUGAAAUAUAGAGAUGGAGAAACAGUCAACCUCUUUAUCGGUGACGUUCAAUAUUGGAAUGGAUGAUGAGGUACGCAGAAAGGAGCCUCGCAGAAUAAAAUUGAUGAAAAAGAAACAUAAUGAAAAGAAACGACCGACGGCCGAUGAAAUUGAACAAAAACAAAAGCUAGCCCAUGCAAGGCGACAGGAAAGAAUUAAAACAGAUUAAUGAGAAUACAUGAACGUGAGGAGGCAACUAGAAAACUUGUAUAUAAUGUUGAAAUACUACUUAAACAGCAGUCUUUAAAACAAAAGCAGUUACAAAAUCCUCACCAAGACAUCAACUUAUUGACUAAUCAAGAGAUUCUUCGCACAGCUUAUAAUGUUGCAAAAGAAUUUAAGCAAUUGAAACAGCAGCUUGUCAAUAUUGAUCUUAAAGUUGAUGAGAAACAGCACAAACCCAUGCAACAAACAGAUACAAAGUUGAAACAGACCAUACAAAAUGACAUUAUCAAGCCAAAAGAGACAGUGGAUGAAAAACUACAAAGAAAGCAACAAGCUGGUAUCUACUUUGAGAUUUCAUGUGACAAUUUAAAAAAGAAUAAAUCAUGCAAAGAUACAAUAACAAGUUUUAAGAAUGUUGUGAGAAAUGGUAAAGAAAUUACUGAUGUUCAACUAAAAGAAAAGCAAAGAAAGGCAGCAAAAUCUAGAGAGAGAAGACUGGAAACUAGAGUGAGAAGGUGCCGCGAGAGCAGGGAAGCAUUAAUGAAGCUACAAACCAAAGUAAAUACUUACCAACAAUAUGAAGAAGCUCUUCAAGACAAGAUAGGAUCUUGUGUGAAGUUAAGUAAUUCAGAAGCAGCUUCCCUUGCCAAUGAUAUUGCUAAUGGAUUUAGUAUAUUACAUAGAAAGUAUGAAAAGGAUCUAAAAAUGGCAGAAGACUUUGUAUGGUUUUAUAAUGAUUGAUGAUGUUAAAUUUGCAAUUCACUGUGGAAAAGUCAGCCUGAUUUUUUCCAUCCCAAUAUUGCAAAUCUUUUAUCAGUUCACUUCUUUAGAAAAUUAUUUUCAUUAUUUCAUUGUUUUCCAGUGAACAAAAACAAAAAAUAUUUUGUCAAAGUAAAAGAAAAGGCUGGCUUUAAACUUGUUUGUAUAUUACAUCUUUUUUUUCGUCGUUUAUUUAAAAUGUCUGAUGUAAAAAUUAUUAUGUUGUCAUCUUGUGCAGGAAUAAACUAAAAUAAGUUUUUAAAAUACAUAUCAUGUAAUAGGAUAUUUUAAAUAAUACAAAAAUGCGACCA